AUGGAUUUCGUACAAGUGUGUCGUAUUUGUUCAGCUAUGGACGUGAAAAUGCACGAUCUACGAUUGUUUCCUCUGAAUUCGUUCUACGACUUUGUAAUCGGAACCAAUCCUCUUAACUGCAACUUGCCACCCUAUGCUUGCUUUGAGUGUGCAGCUCUUGUGAAGAAAUUUUACAAUUUUAGGCAGAAAUGUUUACGGAAUCAAGAUGUUCUCAAUGGGAUAACAGAUAUUUAUGGGAAGUUGAACCCAGCUGAAGUCAGAGCAAUCAACAGAAAAGAAUUUAAUAUCUCGUCAAAUCUCAUCAUCACUCGUCUAGAGAGCAUAGAUACAACAUGCAACAUAACCAGUAAUGAGUUUGUAAAAAUAGAACCGGAAGAUUGUGAGGAUGAUAAAGUUAAAGUAGAGGACCAUAACUAUGCAAGCAUAGACCAGAUAGAGCAUAGUGUCUCGAGUGAUGAUGAUGAACCUCUUUCAAUACAUAAAGAGAAAAAGCUUAAAAAUAAAGAAUCUGAUGAGGAUAUGUUUGAAAAUAACUUUGAUUGUGACGAAUUUGGAGCAGCUGUGGAUGAAGGGAAUUCAGUAGAUGCUGUAGAAGAAAAGAAAGUUAAAAAGCUGAAAAAGAAACAUCGUAAAAAUGGUAGAAGUGGUGCUUUCAAGCAUGUCAAAAUGUUGUCAAACCCCAGUUUGUCUGCAGAGAACAUGGAUGAUUUUGAUCAAUACAUUACUGUUAUAACACUGACGGUGGAAGAGCAGAAAACAGAAGUAAUGAAAAGAAAGGAGUCUUCAAACUACUUAAAUUCUCCAUACCAGUGCAAUCUAUGCUACAAAGGGUUCAUUGAUAAUAAUGCUUGGAAUCAUCAUGUUAGCAAACAUUCAGAGGCUGCAGGCAGCUUAGAGUGUGAUGUUUGUAAAUUUCGGUUCAAAACAAAGCGUGCUUAUCAAAAACAUGCAUCUGGUCAUGAAAAGAGAUAUGCUUGUAAAUCCUGCCCUUAUGUUUCAACCAAUACGACACAAGCAAAACAGCAUCAAGGAUGGCAUAAAGGAGUAACAUUCAAGUGCAAAUAUUGCAACGAAAUUUUCAAUGUAUGGACAUCGUACAUGAGUCACACUCGCAUCAAACACCCGUCGGAGUUCAUCUGCGGUAUCUGUGGAUACUCGUUCAUCAGUAAACUAGGACUCGCCAUGCACAAGACUAUGAUGCAUAAAGAUGUUUUGGAGAAACCAGAAGAGAAUACAGAAGACGGUCCAUACUGCGCGGAGUGCGACGUGAAGUUUGUAUCGAGCGUAGCGUACAAACGGCACAUGGUCAUGUCGGUCAAACACACGCAGAGCACGGACUCUAUUAAAGGUUGUCGUACAUGCGGCGCGACGUUCGAGAACGCGGAAAGUUUGCGCCACCAUCACCGCAAGGAACAUACGAGGAAGCGACCCAAGAACUAUGGAAAGAAACCCACCACUGGGAACUGGCCCGCUAAGUGUGAACAUUGUGAGGAAGAGAUCCCCAGCGCCCGUGAGUACUGGACCCACUUCCGUCGCGUCCACCCGGAUAAACCAUACCCCGUGGAAAAGAACCACGUCUGUGAUAUAUGUGGGAAGAGUUUUCGGGGCAACGCGUUCCUAGUGUACCACAAGCGCACGCACUCCGCGGAGCGCGCGUACUCGUGCGGCCAGUGCGGCAAGUCGUUCUACAACCGCAGCAACCUGCACGUGCACGAGAAGACCCACUCCGCCGCGCGGCCCUACCCCUGCACCGUGUGCACGCGCGCCUUCAAGUCCAAGGGGGCACUCAGCAGGCAUUUUAGGACGCACACAGGUCAAAAGCCCUAUGAAUGCGAAGUAUGUGGUAAAGGGUUCUCACAGUCCAACAGUAGGAAGCUACACGUUAGAACUGUACACCUCAAGCAACCAGCUCCAUACAUCAGUCGGAGUCGGUUGGAGAGACGCAAGCAGGAACAGAAGGAACCCACCAAUGAAUUUAUAUUCUAA